GUCUCCACCUCUCUCUUUCUUUCUCUCGUGUAUUUUGCCUCGCGUGCUAUCGUCGUGUCGACCACGGGAACGAGGGUGUAUAUUGGGGUUUCUAGACGCUUCCGGUUAGCCACGACGACGACCGUCGGUUGUCGACGCAGAACGACGCCGAGCGUCCGCGCGAUAGUAUGAAAGUCGGAUCUUCCUGUGACGCGAGUGUGUCGACGCGGUUUCCUGCGCGAAAUCGUCACGCCUGAUUGUUGUUGUUGUUGUUGUUGUUAUUAUUGUUGUUGUUGUUGUUGUUGUUGUCUCGUCGCUGCGGAUAUAUAGAAUUUCGAUUGAUAAUUGACGAUUGAUUCACGAACACGUCGUGGGUUUUAUCUCGCCGACGACGACGACGACGACGAUGAUGCAGGAGCACAAGUCUUUUCUGAUCAGGGACCUUCUGGGGGACGUGCUGGCCGAUCGAGUCCAAGAAGAGUCCGAGGACGAUUCGGCCGUACAUUCGGAUUCCGAGGACACCAUCGAUCCCGGAAGCAGUCCCUGCACGCGUCUUGGGAGUCCUCCGCCGGCUCUGUCGCCGUCGCCCGGUCCUGCGACCACGUCCGGCAAAUCCUGCGGAGUGACCGUAAACAGCGCGGCGCCGACCGGUAGGAAACCACGUAGACGACGUACCGCCUUCACCCACGCUCAAUUGGCUUACCUCGAGAGAAAAUUUCGUUGCCAGAAGUAUCUAAGCGUGGCGGAUCGCAGCGACGUCGCUGACGCGUUGUCGCUGUCGGAGACCCAAGUGAAGACCUGGUACCAAAAUAGAAGAACGAAAUGGAAGCGACAGAAUCAGCUGCGACUUGAGCAGCUGCGCCAUCAAGCCACCGUCGAGAAGGAUCUUCUGGUGCGUAGCGUGGGUCUGCAUCACGGCAACAUUGACGCUUAUUGUUCGCCUUACAACGCACAAACGCAGACCAGCGGCCAUCCGCCGCCGCCGCCGCCGCCGCCGGCACCGUCAACCGCGUCCACGGCGGCGUUUCUAUCGACGGCGGCCGCUCUGUUCCGAAACGUCACCUACGUUCACGGAUGUCCGCUCUAA